AUGAACAACAACAACAACAACAACAACAUUAUCCAGAGCAACACGGGAAUCAACAUUGCUGCCCCAUGGGCACACGAAACCACAACGGACCUUCACAACCUGGACGGAUGGGGAUCACCGCCCACGUAUAUUCCAAACAUAAAUGAAGGUGGAUGGGGCCCAAACCCGAGCACAAGUAGCCAUGGAACUGACCCCAUGGACAUUGACGAGCGAUCGGCUACGUCUACAUUACCAACACCAAUACCAGCAAUUACGAAGGGAAACGUCGAAACCACUUACGAAAGGAUCGCAAGCCUCGUCCAAGAGGAUUCGAAUACGCACAUCGAGCUUAUCAGCAAGUUCUCGGAAGCCACCACACUAUUGGCUAUGAGGGAAUACGCCAACGAACAGCUGAUGCAAUUAGCAGGCCACACAAAUAGGCUUGUAGCGAGGUUCCGCGUUCGGCCUCAAGCAUAUUUCACAGAGGAUCAAGUGAGAUCUAUCGUCCUGAACAUUAUCCUGCAGAAUACAUUCACUUGGAUACCCAUAAAUACAUACUGCCAAGAUUGUUGCCGCCUAAUGUUUGGCAACUACCAAGAAGGGCACGAAUAG